UGUUCAUUUUUCUAUUGAGAUCAGUUAAAGUGCAUUCCAACAAAAGAAGAGGUAUUUGGGUUGAAGUGUCAAGGGAAGGCCAAGUUGAAGAUGGAGGCCAAGACAAUUGAGGUCUUUUCCCCAGCUGAAAACUGCUCAAGCAGUGGCUCUUCUGGGGCCAUGCACUCAGCAACCAUGUACUGAGCGCCUACUGUGUGUCUGGCACUGUGCUGGGACCUUUGAACCAACCGUAGAUUCUUCUGCCCACUUCCAUGCAACAGGAUAUUUACCCUCUUCAUGAGGUUCAAAGUCGAAGUGCAAUUUCAGCACUGAUCCACCCAUAACUAUUUUAUAGUAGCAGUUUGGGAUUCCUAAAUUGUUUUCCGUUUAAUAAAGAUUUCUGCUGCUAGGUUGCUGAGCUCAGUCAUGAUAUGAUCAUGGAAAUCACUGCUCUGAGAGCCCGACUCACCGAUUUGGAAGAGGAGAAUCUCAAUCUCAAAAAGCAGAUUAGAAAAGAAGUCCAAGAAGAAUAUGAAGCGUUAGUCCAAGCCUUGUUUGUGACCUGUUUACACAUAAAAGAGAAGCUGGAUGAGAACCAGCUUAAUUUGAUCCAGAAAGUGUGUGACCUAAUCAGCGAGGUAAGAAGAGAAGGGAUUGACAAUAUGAAGGACCUAAGGAAAAAAUGGGGCUCUGCCAGACCUGAGGAAGAAAUAGAAAAGAACCCAGCCAAAGAGCAGCUGCGGGCCUUGGAGGAGGACAACUGCAGCCUGGCCGCCCUGGUGUGCAAAGCCAGGAUCUUGGGCCGCUGGAGGCUGGCCGUGCAGCAGGCACAUUUCCAGGGCCAGCUGAGCAGGGCAGAAAAGGAAGCUAUUCAAAGUAAAAAAGAGUGUUUGAGCAUCAAACUAAUGGCAGAACGAGAAGUGGCUUUGUUUCGUCAACAGCUGCUGGCGCUCAGGCAGGCCCUUGCCAGGGCUCAGGGUGACAACGUGAACAUGUGGAAGCGGCAGGAGAACCAGGUUCAGUUGCUGAAGGAGUUAGAACACAGAGUGACCCAGGAAGCUCUCAACCGCCAGCAACUGGAUUUACUGAAAACAUCCAGCAUGGAGAAGCUCUUGGAUGAAGUGGAACAAAAAGAACAGCAACUACAGCGCCUUACUGAAGAGGCUGAGAGGGCUUCUAAACUAGGCCAGUUGCAGCAGAAAAAAAUCAAGAGAGAAAUCCAACAGAUGCGAAGCCAGCUUACCCAGGAGCGCAGCCUGAAGCUGGACGCAUUCCAGCGUGUAGAAGAGCUACAAAGUCAGCUUAACGACGCUGAGCAAUCAUCUGUCCAGAUGAGCUCACCAGAUGGACUUGCAUCUCGGGCCCGCUACUCCCUGAGUUCUCCUUCCACAUCAUCCAGAUACUCCCAGCAACACUUUUUAAAGACUAAUCUUAAAGGCGGUAAAAUAAUAAGAGGAACUCAAAGACCAAAGACUGAUCCUGCUAAACACAAAAAAAGGAUCGAUGCUGUUUUCCUACCCAACGUGGCAAAAAAUACUCAGCUUGCAACUGUUCAAGUUCAAUCUGCUCCAUCUAGAAUCCCAUUCAGACCUGACUGGUAAUCAUAUCUCCUUCUUCCAAGUGUUAUUUCUGAAAGCAUUUGAAUAAAUAAAAAUUACUCUAAACACCA